AUGUGUUGGAAGAAAGUGUUGGAUAUUGUUGGUCUCAAGGAACCAGGUCAGCCUCCUGUUAACCAUUCCUUCCAUAAGUUAAGCCAGGUGUUCACACCUAAGAAUAUUGUUAGUCUCAAGGAACCAGCCCCAUCUGGUGGAAUGGGCGUUGAAGUCUCCCAAUACUACAGUUAUGUGUUUGUUGGAUUUUCUGUACUUGGAUCUUUUUGUCCUUUGACAUCCCUCAAGCAUUCCACUGGAGGAUCUGAAGACAUUGUGAUUCGCCCAGACGAGGGCGAUUUCUCCUAUAGCCUUUUUUCAAGCUAA